AUGGCCGGAGACAACAACAAAACUUACGUAUCCAACGGAGAAGUGCUUGAAGGACCACCGGUCUCCGUUCGCAUUUCGCGCUUCUUUGAGUCUGUCUACGUCUUUUUCGGUCUUUAUUUCACGAGUCUUCUCUCGUUCGACCCGUACACCGCCGCCCAGAACUCGCAAUUCAACGUUGCCCGCCGAGGAGACAGGUUGGGAGGCUAUAGCGGAAGUGGCGCAGGAGGUCCCGGUGGUCCUGGAGGCCCUGGGCCGAGAAGAAUAGGACGGGUUGGACGGGUAGAUGAUAUUCGCGACCCGGAGUGUGCUCCUUGCCGGGGAGGAUGUUGA